UCUUUUCUACGAACAGACCACUGGAAGGAAGUCUGUCCAAGACAUUCUGACAAGUGUCUACUAAUAGUGCGUGUCCAGUAUCAUCAGCCCGCAACAAAGCCGAAAACCAUUGCAAUGCGCUUCUUUGUGGUUAUAGCCGCCUGUCUGGCCGUCGCGUCGGCCGAUAUCGGGCUCGACCUGCGUCAGGGAGCAUCGGCCGGAAGCAGCAGCUACGCCGGUAGCCAAGGCGCAGUGAACAUCGAUUACGCACCCGCCCUUUUCGAGGACUCCGUCGUCGGUGGAGCAGCAUCCGGUGCCAGUGGCCGCUCGUUCGGUGGAGCCAGCUCGUUCGGUGGAGCCGGCUCGUACGGCGGCGCAUCCUCCGGAGCGUCCAGCGGCGCCUACGCAGGCGCUGGCAGCGGUGCUGACUACAAUGCCGGCUACCAGGCGGGACUUCGUGCCGGUGCUUCUGCGUCUGCCGGUUCGUCCGCAUCUGCCGGAUCAUUCGGUGGAGCCGGAACCCGUUUCGGUUCGAUUGCUGGAUCUAACGCUAACAGCUUCGUCGGUACCGGCAGCUCGGCCGGAUCUAGCAGCUUCGCCGGUAGCGGCGCGUUUGGCUCGUCUUCGGCCGGUGCAUCCGCCUUUGCCCAAGCCAAGACGGAGGUCCGCUAUGAAGCCCCGGUGAUCAAGAAGAACUUCUACUACCACGUAGCGCAGGACGAUGCGAUUGCUGAAACCGAAACCAACACCCUCACCAUCACGCCUCGCAAGCACUACAAGGUCAUCUUCAUCAAAGCCCCGUCUGCCAGCGCCAACGCCGGUGCAUCGUCCAAGGCAGCCAGCCAAACGGAAGAGAAGACGAUCGUCUACGUGCUCGUCAACAAGCCGGCUAAGGCAAACGCCACUAGUGAGGCCGAGGCAAGCUCUUACUCCUCUGGUAAGCCGGAGGUGUACUUCGUCAAGUACCAGGGUGCUCAGGCUACCUCUAGUUCAAGCUCUAAAUCGCAAUCGGGUGGAUCGAUUGCCAUCAGCGAUGCCAAUGCUGUCGCUGGUGCAAAUGCUAUCUCUGGCGCUGGAGCCAAUGCUAUCUCUGGCGCUGGAGCCAAUGCUUACUCUGGCGCUGGUGCCAAUGCUUACUCUGGCGCUGGUGCCAAUGCGUACUCUGGCGCUGGUGCUGGAUCCCGUGGUGCCGGUAUCAUCACUGGUGCAAAUUCACUCGCUAAUGCUGGUGCAUUGGCCGGAAACAGCGGAUACAACUCUGUCGGAGCUUCUGCCCAAGCUGCUGCCCAAUCCACUGCCGGAGGACUGGCAUUUACGCCCUAGUAUUGCCCGCACACAGGAAGAAAGCGAUGCCAAGGUCAGCCUCAACGACAUGAACGAUGCAGCAUUACUCAAGGAAAUCGAACAGUCACAUUGAAAAACCGAACAAGUACGAAUCGCACAGAUUUGGCUCAAACCAGAAGUAAUGAGUCGAGCUGACGGCUUCGUGAUGUAACUAGUACCUUUCGAGUAGAGCUUUUCCCUCUACACGUAUUCCUUUGCCUCUUCCUCUUAGUCAUCGUGAUCAGGACUUUUCCUCUCCCUUUGUACAUUAAACGUAAGCAACGUAAGAUAGGUUUAUUUUUCCCUUGAGCGCCGUCGAACGAUCAGGACGUGAGUGACAGUAACGGUCUAGUAGAAUGGAGUUUUUGUGUACGUAUAGUGAGAAGAAGCCAGCAAUUGUAUCAUAAUAAAAGCGUAUCCACACA